CCCUUUCCUAUCUCUGCGGCUCAGAGGCUCGUUCCAAACGCGCUUGGACUACGAGUCCCAGGGUACCUCGCGGCAACCCGGAAAGCGAAGUGGGAGCCGAACGUGGCGGCCGGCAUGGAGGGCGAGGGAGCCGUCGAGGAGACCGCGAAGACCUUCCAAGAUCUGGGGGUGACCGAUGUGCUGUGUGAAGCCUGUGAUCAGUUGGGAUGGAAGACACCGACAAAGAUCCAAGUCGAGGCCGUUCCAGUUGCACUCCAAGGCCGUGACAUCAUUGGCUUAGCAGAGACUGGAUCUGGAAAAACGGGGGCUUUUGCAUUGCCCAUCCUUCAGGCACUGCUAGAGACACCUCAGCGCUUCUUUGCUUUGGUCCUUACCCCGACCCGGGAGUUAGCCUUUCAGAUCUCGGAGCAGUUUGAGGCCCUUGGAUCUUCCAUUGGUGUCCAGAGUGCUGUUAUUGUGGGAGGAAUUGACAUGAUGGCGCAGUCUCUGGCCCUAGCCAAGAAACCACAUGUAAUAAUUGCUACACCUGGCCGCCUUAUUGACCACCUUGAGAACACAAAGGGCUUCAAUUUGAGAGCUCUGAAGUAUUUAGUUAUGGAUGAAGCUGACCGGAUCCUCAACAUGGACUUUGAGACAGAGGUAGACAAGAUCCUGAAAGUCAUUCCCAGAGACAGGAAAACAUUUCUCUUUUCUGCUACCAUGACUAAAAAGGUGCAAAAACUCCAGCGUGCAGCUCUUAAGGACCCUGUCAAAUGUGCCGUUUCAACUAAGUACCAGACAGUUGAAAAACUGCAGCAAUACUAUGUCUUCAUCCCUUCCAAGUUCAAGGACAGCUACCUGGUCUAUAUUCUGAAUGAACUUGCUGGAAACUCAUUCAUGAUAUUCUGCAGCACCUGCAACAACACUCAGAGGACAGCCCUCCUCCUUAGAAAUCUGGGCUUCACUGCCAUCCCCCUCCACGGUCAGAUGAGCCAGAAUAAGCGAUUAGGGUCGCUGAACAAGUUCAAGGCUAAAACACGUUCCAUUCUGCUGGCUACCGAUGUUGCCAGCAGAGGCCUGGACAUCCCCCAUGUGGAUGUUGUCGUGAAUUUUGACAUUCCUACCCAUUCCAAGGAUUACAUUCAUCGUGUGGGGAGAACAGCUCGCGCUGGGCGCUCUGGAAAAUCCAUCACGUUUGUCACACAGUACGAUGUGGAGCUCUUCCAGCGCAUUGAACACCUGAUAGGAAAGAAGCUGCCUGCCUUCCCCACGCAAGAGGAGGAGGUCAUGAUGCUGACCGAACGUGUGGCUGAAGCACAGCGAUUUGCUCGGAUGGAGUUGCGGCAGCAGGGGGAAAAGAAGAAGCGUUCCCGAGAAGAGGAAAAGGAAGAGGAUGACACCGAGGGAGCAAUGGGGGUCAGGAACAAAGUGGCUGGUGGGAAAAGGAAGAAAUGGAAAGCCUGAGAAAGGAAGACACCCAGAACUAUUUUUCCACGUUUUUAAGCUGCUUGGUUUUCUGAGUCACCAGUAUCGGAAUUGACCUUUCAGCAUAUCCCAGAGAGCAAAAGGUUUCCUGAUCCACUAGCACCUUUUGUAAACUUCUGUAAUCCAGAAGCAAUUCUCCUGCAAGCCUGGGAAAUCUCUUUUAAUGCUAUGGGGAGGCCUAUUACUUCUGCUGCCAGCAAUUGUUCCUGUCUACCAGCAGGCCACAGUGGAUUCCCUAAGCUACAUGAAAUGGAUAUAUGGCAGAACUUUUUCAAGCUGCUACUAUCAAAGUCAAUGGAGAGAGACAUUUGCACCCAUAAUUUUAUAAGAAAAUUGUCCAAAAUAAAAACAAAGUAAUAAAAAAUGCAUGCUGUGCUGGUUCCAAGACGUGCAGGCAAAGAAUAUGGAAUAGGUAACUUGCAUCUUAAAGUUACUUAUGUAAUCACAGCUUUGUGCAGGUGUUUGUGGGCAAAUAAAUAAGUGAGAGCAGCAGAAACCUGCUCUCCAUUUAUUUAUUUCCCACCCACGUUCACAAAGUGGACUUAUUCAGCUUAGGGAAGGCACUGCUAGGGCUCUGGCAGCAUCCCAGAGUCCCUGUGUUACUUUCUCAAAGCUGGGUAAGUGAGUUGCUAGGCUUUGGGAAGGAGGCACAAGAGCUCUGCCUGGGUCCUAGAGCCCUUGAGUCUCCUUUCCAAAACUGGCCAAACACUUGCAAGACUUAGAGAAGGAUGAAGGAGGGCUCUAGGACUCUACCAGAGCCUCACACUGCCUUCUCAAAUUUGGGUAAGCGGCUUUACACCUUGUGGGGUGGGUGGGGCAGUUCCAGGGGUUCCCUGUUAUUUUUGCAUAUACAUGCGGACCCCCAGAACCGAACCCUGCGUAAGAUGCAAGUUACCUGUAUUUGUGAUAGCACCUGUCAGUUGUGAAUGCUUUUAUGUACAAUGCUGCCUAGUAACCCAGACCAGUGUUAUGUAGAAAAGACUGAUCCCCCAAAUAGGGGAAAGUCUGGCAGAUGCUUGGCUGUUUGCCUGUGAGUGCAGAAUGCUGUUGAAGUGGGUUUUUCUUUCCUCAUUAUCUCAGCCCUGAGGCCAUUCUGCCUGAACGCUAAAGCUGAGAGGCAGUGUUGAUUUAGUCGAGGUAUUUGGCAAGGUGGAUUGUCUUGCUGAGAUCCUGCCUGUCUGCAGUGUUGAGGUUGGUGGAAUGAAAGAGCUUUUAAUUAAAGUCCUUCCAUCCUCUU